CAAAGGGGCAGUGCAUCAAAAGGCCCAUAAAAUCUCGACAUCCACGCGCUUCUCACACAACACCUCCAGUGAUUUGCUUCAGUUCACCAUUUGUUCUGGUCAAAAUGUUGCAUACCUCUUCACAUGGACAGCAACUUCUUAUUUUGCUCGGCUUCUUAGCGGCUGGGCUGUGUCAGGAUCAAAAAGCAGAUUCUAUCAGGGCCUGUUUGGACCAGGGUGGCGUACAAGCAACGAUUUCUACAGACGCAACCUGGGCCAAGGACACUGCCGCAUUUCAAUUCAGAAUUGCUCCUGAGCCGGUGGCUGUUGCAUUACCCCAGGACAAGAGUCAAGUCGCGACAGCUCUAUCGUGUGCUCGCAAUGCUUCUGUCAAAGUCUCAGCCGUCGGACGCGCGCACUCAUUCCAAGGCUACGGCUAUGGCAACCCUGGGAACCUUGUCAUCGACAUGCAAGCCUUCACAGGUCUGAGCUUCGACAAUGCCACCAACCAACUAACAUUCGGAGGAGGCGCCAAUGUUGGCCCUGCCGCUAAAUAUCUCUGGGACAACCACCGCCGACAUUUCCCUCACGUACGAGGGUCGCACGUAGGCCUCGCCGGGAGCACAAUGGGCGGCGGUUUCGGAACCACAAGCAGAUUCUUGGGCAUUCCCACGGACAACCUUGCUUCCGUCGAGUUCAUGUUGCACAACGGAUCCAUAGUCACUGGCGGCCCCGGAUCGGAUCUGCACUGGGCAGCACAAGGUGCUGGACCAAGCUUCGGAAUCGUGCUGUCCGCAACGCUCAAUACGCACGCGAUUCCCAUCGAUGGCGCCGUCAGCUAUUCUCUCACGCUUGGAGAUGUAGACGUUGACAUUGCGAGUGCAGCUCUGCUGAAAAUCCAGCAGUGGGUUACGAGUGGACAAGCACCCGACGAGUUAUCACUCCGGUUUCAAUUGGGUACCUUUGCUUCGGCCGGCUUCUUCUAUGGCGUUGAAUCUGAUUUUGAUCGAGCAUUCGCGCCACUCGUAGAAUCAGUACGCUCCGUUGCGCCUGCGGUCAAUCUCACAAAGACUGUGCUGCCAUCUUUCUGGGACGCGGAAGUGGCCGCCGUUGGGCCCGGUAUGAAUGAUGCCGCGGGGGGACAGCUUGGUGGUCGCGCCUUUUUCGUGCAGUCUUGGACAGUCACAAACGACCACGCACUCUCGCAGAAGCAGGCGAAGGCGCUCUUGCAGAGCUACCACAGUUUGAACCGCACUGAUCUCAUAGGAUCUGGUUUUCUCGAUCUGUGGGGUGGCAUCAGCCGAGACAUUGCUGAUGCUGAUACUGCGUUUGCCCACGGCAAGAAUCUCUGGCUGAUCCGUGUUGACGGCCAACUUGUGUCCGGGAUCUGGCCCAGCGACGGCAACACUCAUAUGCAAGCGCUUAUGAAACCCUUCGAAAGCGCGUUAAAGAAGUCGGCCCCGCUGCGUAGUUUUGUCAACUACGUCAAUUCAGAGCUUAGCGUCAAGGAGUGGAGUUCUAGAUUGUAUGGCUCGAAGAACUUCGCGAAGCUUCGAAAGAUGAAGGCAGCCUUCGAUCCUGAGGGGAUGUUUUCUGGGUACGGUCUCGCUAUUCCCGCCAAAUAGAGGCAUCGGUGUAUGGAAACAAUACUACACAAUAUAGCACAAUCAUUCGGCUGUACACAAGUUGGUAAUGGCUCCGCCCGAACUAUUGACUAUCAAGAAUAUCCGUUCCCUUCCUAUACAUAGUACUUGGCUAACGACGCUGUACAUUCUACGCUCCAGAAAUCAAGGCUUGAUUUCAAGCUUUUCUCCGUUCACAUGGAC